AUGGGUUCCGGCUACCUUCUCAGCGUCGAGCCUCAGGAGCUUCAAUUUUCAUUUGAAUUGAUCUCUUGUUCCCUACACCUGUUAGAUAAUAGCGGCUAUUAUGUGGCUUUCAAGGUUAUGACAACGAAUCCAAAAAACUACUGUGUUAGGCCUAAUGUUGGGAUUGUGUUGCCAAGGUCCACUUGUGAUGUUAUAGUUACAAUGCAAGCACAAACUACUUGGCCUCCUGAUAUGCAAUGCAAGGACAAGUUUUUACUUCAGAGUCUAGCUGCAAGUUUUGGAGCUACUGCAAAGGAUGUCAAUGCAAAGAUGUUCAAUAAAGAGGAAGGGCAUCUUGUUGAAGAGUGCAAAUUGAAGGUUGUUUAUGUUGCUCCUCCUAGACCACCAUCACCAGUUCGAGAAGGGACAGAGGAAGGUUCUUCACCCAAAGCUUUUGUGUCCGACGAUGGGAGCCUGAGCGCCUCCGUACAAAUUAUUAAGCCCGGUUCAAAGCUGGACACGUCAAAUGGAUUGAGUGAAUGA